UGUUUGUUGGAGAGAUUUGAGAGAGGAGAAACUCCUAUUUGGGUGUGAAGAGAGGAGAGUGAACUACAUAAUAUAAUUUUGCACCAUUUGAUCUGUUUUAGUACUAAGGUGAACUUCUUUAUUGCACCAGCAGAAGACCAAAUACAUCAGUACCUUUCUUUUUUUCCAGGAAACAAAUUAUAUAUAGAUGGCUAAUGCUGCUGUGAUUUCUCUGGUACGAUCUUUGGAGGAACUGGUGCAGCGAAAGCCACAUUUGAUAAGUGAUGAAACAAGAAGAAUGGUGGACUCUGUCCUUGAUAGUCUUGAAUAUUUCCAAAACUUCCUUGAGAGCACUAGCAAGAGAAGGCAAAAAUAUUGUAGAAAGGUUGAAGAGUUGGAAAGAGAGAUUAGAAUGGAAGUCGAAAAAGCAGAAGACGUGAUUGAACUAAAGAUCAUGUAUGGGAUAAUGAAAAAAGAGACACUUGAAGGAAAGAUUGAUGCACCAAGGGAAAGAAAGGCAAUACGCAAAACGUUGCUACCAUUUGUAAAAAAGAUUGAUGCUGUGAAGAGGAAUGUGAUGGGAAGUAGUUUUGGUGCAAAUCAAGUUCAAGGUUAUGAUGAUUCUACAAAUGAGGAUUUGUUGCCUGGUCAUUCAUCUAGAAAUGUUGCAAAACUGAAUCCAGAAAAUAUUAUUGUGGGUCUUGAAGAUGACCUCGUGAGAAUAAUCAGAAGACUAAAGGGGCCAACGUUAACUCGAAAGAUUAUCCCCAUUUUAGGAAUGGGGGGAAUAGGAAAAACCACUCUUGCUAGGAAGGCAUUUGAUGAUUUUGAAACUAGGCAACGCUUUGACAUCCAUAUUUGGGUGACCGUAUCUCAAGAAUAUUGGAUUAGAGGUAUGCUGUUGGAAAUUCUUCGUUGUACUUCAGAUGUGACAACCGAUGAAAAAUCCAAUGAUGGGUUGAAGGAUACAAUAUCUAUUGAAUAUCGGAUUAGAGGUAUGCUGUUGAAAAUUCUUCGUUGUACUUCAGAUGUGACAACCGAUGAAAAAUCCAAUGAUGGGUUGAAGGAUACAAUAUCUAUUGAAUAUCAGAUUGAAAGUAUGUUGUUGGACAAUCUUUGUCAUACUUCAGAUGAGACCAAAAAGGUGUCUAAUGAUCAGAUGAUGGAUUUGAUAUACAAAAAGUUAAAGGGUAGGAGGUAUCUUGUUGUAAUGGAUGAUAUUUGGAGUAGUGAGGUCUGGGAUCUUUUGACAAGAAUUUUUCCAGAUGAUAACAAUGGGAGCCGAAUUAUUUUGACUAGUAGGCAAGAAGAGGUUGCUAAUCAUGCAGAUCCUGAUAGCAAUCCUCAUGAAAUGAACCUCUUAAAUUCAGAUAAUAGUUGGAAGUUACUUCGUGAAAAAGUGUUUGGGGUAGAACAGGCAUGUCCUCCUGAAUUACAGUAUAUUGGAGUGGAAAUAGCACAAAGAUGCCAAGGACUGCCUUUAGCUCUUCUAGUGGUUGCGGGAUAUCUCUCAAAAAUUUCUAGAACACGAGUAAGUUGGGAACAUUUUGCCAUAAGCGUAAGUAAUGUUGUUACUAAUGAAUCAGAUAUAUGUCUAGGAAUGCUUGCUAUGAGUUACAAUUACUUACCUGAUCAUCUUAAACCAUGUUUCCUUUACAUGGGAGUCUUUCCAGAAGACAGUAAUGUUAACAUUGUUAGACUAAUCAACUUAUGGAUUUCUGAGGGUUUUCUAUCAGAUGAAUUAGAGGGAAGAGAUUAUUUUGAGGAUCUUGUUAGCAGGAAUCUGGUUAUGGUUAGAAACAGGAGUUUUAGUGGCGAGGCAAAAACAUGUGGUGUCCAUGAUCUGAUUGGUGACUUGAUUUUAAAAGAAGCUAAGAAAGAGAAGUUCCUACAGGUUACUAAGCGUUCAGAAGGUCGUCGCUACAGUUUCCAUUCACGCGAUCAGGCUGCUUUUUGGAAGUUAUCUAAUAUCAUCAGAACAUUGCACUUCUUUGAAGGAUUUAAAAAACUUUCUAAACAAGUUCCUCUUUUGGUGUCCUUCAAAUUGCUAAGAGUAUUGGCAAUCCAAAAAGUUACAUUUCAAAGAUUCCCACUUGAGAUAACAAAAUUAGUACAACUCAGAUACCUUCAAUUCACUUGUUAUGAUCAUAUUCACUGGUCAGUGUCAGAGCUUUAUAAUCUGCAGACAUUCAUUCUUGGUUACGAAGUUUCAGGUUUAUUACCUCCAACCAUACCUGUGGAAAUUUGGCAAAUGAGAAACUUGAGGCAUCUUCAUAUCGGUGACUUCUUUUCUUUUCCUAUUCCAUCAAACAAGCUACAAAAUCUACAGGAACUCUCCUGUCUAGCUUUGACUAGCUGCACUUCUGAAUUAUUUUCUGCUAUUCCCAAUCUUAAAAAGCUGCAAAUUGUUGGAAAUUAUCUGAUGGAAAUGAAGAGAGAGCGCCUAAAUAGCCUUUCCUGUUUAAAAGAACUUGAAAUCUUGAAGUACAGGGAUGAUGGGAUAAAACCUUCCCGAAUCCCAAGUAUGUAUGCUUUGCCUACAUCACUGAAGAGGUUGACUUUACGUUUUACUAGUUUACCAUGGGAAGACAUGGCAAACAUUGUAAAGUUGCCAAACCUGGAGGUGCUUAAAAUUAAAGCCAACGGAUUUCUUGGUGAUGUAUGGAAAUUAAACGAUGAAGAGAUUUUCAAUCAACUUAAGUUCCUUCUAAUCAGUUGGACAGGUCUGAAGCACUGGGAAGCUAGUAGUGUAAACUUCCCAAUGUUGCAACGCCUAUUUCUGAAAAGAUGCAUGAACCUGGAGGAAAUCCCUCAAGACUUUGGGGAAAUAUGUACCUUGGAGUCAAUAGAGUUGCAUGAUUGCAGUAUAUCUGCUGCUAAAUCCGGCAAAGAUAUUAAAGAAGAACAGGAGAGCAUGGGGAAUGAAUGUCUUAGUGUCCUCAUCUAUAAUCAUCCAUGUUGACAGGUCAUCUCCAGCUCAGCAAUACUUGAUCAACAAAGUUAUGGAAAAAAUGGUGUCCUUAUGAUUGACUCGACUCUCCAGCAAGGGGAGAUCACUUGUAACUUGUUCAUUUGCAAGUUAAGUCUCUUUUCUGUUCCUUAUAAUGAUUAUUACUUAGGUUGAGUUGCUCUCUCUUUAUUUUUGUAAUUUUGUUGAAAGUUAAACAUUAUAUGACUAUAUCAUAUGUUUCCUAUGAUGUUGUAUUUUGUAAUGUUAUUUUCCUUAAUUUGAGUGCAUACUAGUAUGCUU